AUGCGCAGUUUGAACUUCAACAACUUAUACUAUCAAGCUCCUCAGACUAAUGCCAAUAUCAUGGCGAAAAAGAUAUGGGUCUGUAUUAACUGCUGGGAAGUUAUACUGGGGGAUGAUACUAAAAUGGAGCAUGUGCAAGCUAGGCAUUUGCUAACAAACUGUCUAGCAGAUAGUGAACCAGCUAAUUAGGAAAACUAUAUCAAGUUAUGCAGAGUCUAUGGAAAGAUUAAUCCGGAGGAGACUCAUGUAGUCUUGUUCUAUAUCCCUUAAUACGUGAAAGAUGGACUUGCUACUGGCUAGCUAGAACUACCUCAUGUAGUAGAUGAAAGGAAAAAGAGACAUGAAAAGACCAAUUAAAUACUGGAUGACAUUCUUGAAAAAAUGGAUAAAAGCUAAAAGGAAAGGGAUCAGAGAAUUAAAGAGCAGGAGAUUAUUGAAUAUCAAGCGGCUGAGUACUAUAAAAAUGAAAAGUUUCACACUAAUUUGUGA